ACCAUCCUGCUACUGAAUUAUCAUCCUUUAGCAUUUUUAUCAACCUUUCCCUAUUUUCUGUCCUCCGUCCAUUUACGCCCUUGUUUUUGAAAUCACAAUGGGAAGCGACAGAACAUCACCACGAUGCCUAUCACCUCGAACUAAACCGUAUGAAAGGAAAGAAGAAAGAAAAGGGGAAGCGAAGGAAGAGUCUUCAAGCACCAAUGACCCUGAAAUCCUCGAACCAACCAGCCUACAGAUUUAUUGUAUUGUUGAUGGAGAAGCUUCAUGUUUUUCUGUAAAGAUUCUUUCCAAUAGUUCUGUCGAUGAACUCAAGCAAGCAAUCUAUCCCAAUAUUACUGUGGAUCCAAGCGUUAAGCCCAAGGACCUCACCCUCUAUAAAGUUUCCAUCCCUGACAAAGGCAAGAUCGUCGUUGAGUCAGAAAUCGAGUCAAAAGAGGCUCUUACAGUCGCGUCAAUGGAGCUUUGGGAGAUAUUUAAUUCUGAACUUCCAAGGAAAACGAUCCAUGUUUUUGUCAAGCCACCGCAGCGAGAGUCAUCGGAACAGAUUCUCAAGAGAAAAAUGGAUGAAGAUCCACAGUAUAUUUCACCUUCAAAGAAGAUGCGCAUUGAGGAAGGGUGGAGAGAAUACAGGGCUUCUGAUGGCAAAAUGGUCACGUUACCACCCUCUUGGAUCGCAAUGCUAGAGGAUUCUAGAUACCUUCCAAAACCACGUAAUGAGUUUGAACAUCUCAAAGACGAUCUGAAGGCUGGUAGUUGGGUCGAUAUACCAUCCCUGGGUCAAGUCCCAAAGGGUUAUAGAGUCUCUGAAAUUCUCGUCACGCACCAAAUGCUGGAGCUUUGGAACGAGAUGGAAGAAGAACAAAGAUGCGGGUACUUUGGAUACUAGUGAGAAAGCGGACUCAUAUAUGGAAGUGAUCGAGCGUUUCCUUGUGAUGAACAAGGAUGUUUUAAC